UACAAGAGAGUAACAGUAACUUUAGAUUAUUAAAAGCCAGUCUUGAGAAUUUGUUCAAUACGUUCUUGUUGCUGCUGAUUGCAUUUUUUCCCAUUAUUUUCCUUUCACAGGAGGCAUUGGAUUUAAACUGUAGAAAACCCCCAUGCUUUGUGAAAUUCUCAGAGAUGGAAAAAAUGGCAAACAUUCAAGCUGAAAUCAAUGAGAAGAAGCUGAAAACUGAAAUUCUACAGUUGGAGAAGGAGACAGCAGACAUUGCUCACCCUUUUUACCUAAGCAAAAAAUGUGAUAUUUUGCAAGAUAUGAACAGACACUUGGAAGCUGUACUGAAAGAGAAGAGAGCUCUUAGGAAGAGGUUGAUAAAGCCCAGAUGUCAAGACAGCCUGCCUAUUGAGGCUACUUUCCACAAAUACAUAGUAGAGUUGUUGGCUGAGGCUGUGAAUUUUAUUGAGAAGUUUGAAAGCCAUUUGCAGACCAUAAGAAGCAUCCCUCAGAUUCCAAAUGUCAUGAAGAAUAUGGACACUGCUUUGACAAAAACAGAGGUGCUCUUGAUGGAGUUGGAGGAGCUGGCAGAACAAAUACUGAAGUGGAGAGAAGUGCAAAAAGAAGUAUACUCCAACAGCAUCUGUAAUACUGCUGAAUUGGACUUUGGCUUGUCUUUAACAUAA